AUGGAGUCGACUGUCGCGAAGCUGAUUAGUUUGGCUUCUAAAGUGGCAUCCACUGGUAUCAGCAAAGGUCGCCCUGCACUAUCGAAAUUCAUGAAUUACGCGCGCGUCGAAAUGAGACCGCCGACGCUUUCCGAUAUUGGUCCUGCGGUUGCAGAGGCUACACAAUUAAUUAAUGCAGCGAAGUCCGGAAGGUGGAAAGAAGUAACCGUCAAAGAUGGGCUGCUCAACGCCGUCGUUACCAUCGAAGUUUUGGCAUGGUUUUUCAUCGGCGAGAUCAUUGGGCGUCGAAGUAUUCUAGGUUACAGCAGGGUCCCCGGUUGUUAUAUUCAGUCGCACCUAUGA